GACAGAACUGUAUUUGAGAUCAGAGGUACUUACUGCAGAGCAAUUCGUGGACAGCUAACUCACAAUGCCAUCAGACUUUAUAUCUGAUGAUCUGGUAUUCUUUGUAAAUGGAAAAAAGAUUGUGGAAAAAAAUGCAGACCCUGAAAUGACCUUGCUUACCUACAUAAGAAGAAAAUUGGGUCUGACUGGAACCAAACUUGGCUGUGGAGAAGGAGGAUGUGGUGCCUGCACUGUGAUGAUCUCCAAGUAUGAUCACUUUCAGAAGAAGAUACUUCACUAUUCCAUUAAUGCCUGCUUGGCCCCAGUUUGUUCUCUCCAUCACACAGCUGUCACCACUGUGGAAGGAAUUGGUAGUGUUACCAGUAGGCUUCAUCCAGUCCAGGAGAGAAUAGCCAAAGCCCAUGGCUCUCAGUGUGGAUUCUGCACCCCAGGAAUUGUCAUGUCCAUGUACUCCCUCCUGCGGAAUACUCCACAGCCUGCCAUGGAGGAAAUCGAGGAGGCUUUCCAAGGGAACUUGUGCCGCUGUACUGGAUAUAUGCCUAUUUUGGAUGGAUACAAGACAUUUGCCAAUAAUUCGGGUUGUUGUGGCAGUAAAGGAAAACAGAACGGCUGCUGUUUGAACAAAGAGGAAACAGAUGAGAUGUAUUUACAAGCUCGAUUAUAUGAUCCAUCAGAGUUCAAACCCAUUGAUCCUACACAGGAGCCUAUUUUUCCACCAGAACUACUGUUAUUUGACAGGUUGCCAUCAAAGCAGCUGCAGUUCAAAGGUGAACGGAUGGUGUGGAUUCAACCCUGCUCUCUUAGUGGACUGCUGUCUCUAAAAGCAGAGUACCCUGAUGCCAAGCUUGUGGUUGGGAACACAGAAAUUGGAAUUGAAAUUAAAUAUAAGAACAUGCUGUAUCCAGUGAUUCUAGCCCCAGCAUAUAUUUCAGAACUGAACAUUGUCCAGCACACUGAAGAAGGUAUUAUAUUUGGAGCUGCCUGCACAUUGACUCUGAUUGGAGAUGUCCUUCGGAAAGCAGUGUCUGAACUCCCAAAGCACAAGACCGAAGUGUUUCAAGCUGUUUUGGAGCAACUGAGGUGGUUUGCUGGGCAGCAAAUCAGAAACGUUGCAGCUGUAGGUGGAAACAUAAUGACAGCUAGUCCAAUCUCUGAUCUUAACCCAGUCUUCAUGGCAGCUGGUUGUAAAUUGACACUGCUAUCAACAGGUGGUAAAAGGGUUAUCAAGAUCGAUGACAAGUUUUUUACUGGCUACCGGAAGACUGCCCUAAAGCCUCAGGAAAUACUGUUGUCAGUUGAAAUUCCAUACACAAGACAGGGACAGUAUUUUUCAGCUUUCAAGCAGGCCUCUCGACGUGAAGAUGACAUUGCCAUAGUAAACUGUGGGAUGAGUGUCCUGUUUAAAGAGGGCACGAAUGUGGUAAAGGAGCUCCUGUUGAGCUAUGGAGGAAUGGCACCAACUACAGUCCUAGCAGGGAAGACAUGUGGAAAGCUUAUUGACAGAGAGUGGAAUGAGGAGCUUCUGCAGGAAGCCUGUUGCCUGUUGGCCGAGGAGAUGAGCCUGUCUCCUUCAGCUCCCGGGGGGAUGGUGGUGUACCGGCGCACACUGACACUCAGCUUCUUCUUCAAGUUCUACCUGACUGUUCAACAAAAACUGAUCAAGGAUCUUGGGGCUAAUAACUAUCAUGCUGAACACUUACCUCCAGGCUACGCUAGCGCUACAGAGUUGUUCCAUAAAGAUCUUCCAUCCAGUGUCCAAAUUUUCCAGGCUGUGCCCUCCGGACAGUCUAUGGAGGAUGUGGUAGGGAGACCAGUUGUACAUCUGGCAGCUCUCAAACAAGCCACUGGCGAGGCCAUUUAUUGUGAUGACAUGCCCAGAUAUGAAAAUGAGCUUUACUUAACACUGGUUACGAGCACCAAAGCUCAUGCCAAAAUCACCUCCAUUGAUACAGCAGAAGCCAUGGAAAUGCCUGGAGUUGUGUGUUUCCUGUCCUAUAAAGACAUUCCCGGGAGCAACAUAACAGGAUCAGUGGUUAUGGAUGAAACAAUCUUUGCUGAAGACACGGUAACCAGUGUUGGGCACAUUAUAGGGGCAAUUGUUGCAGAUACACAAGCCCAUAGUCAAAGAGCUGCCAAGGCUGUAAAGAUCACAUAUGACGAACUUAAAAGGACUAUCACUAUUCUGGAUGCAAUUGCAAAUAAAUCAUUUUAUCAACCUAUAAGAAAGAUAGAAAGAGGGAACAUCGAUAAAGGAUUUCAAGAGGCUGACCAUGUAGUGGAAGGGGAGAUGCACAUGGGAGGACAGGAACACUUCUAUCUGGAAACUCAUUGCACUUUGGCAAUUCCCAAAGGAGAAGAUGGAGAAAUGGAAUUGUUUGCAUCAACCCAGGAUGCUACGAAAACACAGGCCCUUGUUGCCAAAGCCUUAGGAGUCCCAUCGAAUCGAAUUGUCUGCCGGGUGAAGAGAAUGGGAGGGGGGUUUGGAGGGAAAGAAUCCAGAAGCACCCUCUUAUCUACUGUGGUGGCUGUAGCAGCACAUAAGGUUAGGCGCCCUGUGCGAUGUAUGCUGGAUCGUGAUGAAGACAUGCUUAUAACAGGUGGAAGGCAUCCAUUUUUGGGGCGCUAUAAGGUUGGCUUUCUGAAGACGGGGCAAAUAGUUGCUGUUGAUGUAACGUACUAUAGCAAUGCUGGAAGCUCCAGGGAUCUUUCAAUGGCUAUCAUGGAGAGAGCUUUGUUUCAUAUGGAUAAUUCAUACAACAUUCCGAACAUCAGAGGCUUUGGCUAUGUCUGCAAAACCAACCUGCCUUCGAAUACAGCCUUCCGCGGCUUCGGCGGGCCUCAGGGGAUGCUGAUCGCAGAGUGCUGGCUGAGUGAUGUGGCUAUGAAGUGUGGUCUUCCUGCUGAACAGGUCCGUAAGAUAAACAUGUAUAAGCAAGGAGACGUGACCCCGUAUUCUCAGAAGCUGGAACAGUUUACAACAGACAAGUGCUGGGAGGAGUGCCUGGUUCUCUCCAACUAUCACCACCGAAGAAAGCAGAUAGAAGAAUUUAACAGCUGAACCUGACGGGACAGCCAUAGACGGAUGAGUACUUGUUAUUUUUACUGCUUAUUAUUACUAAUUGUGUAUUACACUAUGAAGGUGAUAAUUAUUAACAUUGUUAUUAGUUUGCCUAAUCACAAGCAUUUUUGCACACAGCCUGUUGCUUGUUAUGUCCCUCAGCAGCCUUGUGCCCCGCAUGGAGCUGGUGGCUUUUGUCGCCCCUUCCCAAGUAUUAAGCAACUUGACUCGGCUGACUUGUGCUCUCCUCACAGAUUGCUUAGCUCCGGCUGGAGCUAAAAAAAAAGCUUUAAAAUAUAAUUUGUUUUAUGAAACGAUAUUAUUAUUUUUUAAAACAUAAUUGUAUUGUUACUGUUUUCUAUAAGAGUCUCUUUUUUCACAGAAAAUUGAGUGCAUCUGCUGGGCUCAGCAGUUCUGCAUUGACCGAGAUAUGCGCUUCGAUUGACACUGCUUGCAGCACUAUUGCCGUCUUGGUGCCUGCUUGCUGUCUAGCAAACAGGGUUCCCUCAGUAUUGUUUGCAUACUUACUGUGUGGUUUAGCCAGAAGUUUACACAGGUGGGUAUCCCUGUAUACUGCUUCCUGCAGUAAAGCGAACAGAGUAGACCAGUAAAGGUCACCAACCCACUGUUCCUCAGGGAACGAGGUUACCACCCUAGUACAGUACUGACCCGGUGCAAGUCAUCUAACCAGUACUAAACCAACCGGUUACCAUUCCGGUACUGCUCCAAUUCACGUACCCUACCAAGGGUACCGUACCAACCCAGUACAAGUCACUGUACCGUGGUUCACAUACCGUACCGAUGGUACUGUAUUGUACCAACCCGGUGCUAAGGCACCAUAGCAGUAUUGAACUGACCUGGCAGUUUUACUGUGCUGUACACUGUGUUGCUGCUUGCGUCAUGCCUGGGUUUGAUCCUUGUGACAUGUGCAAGGCCAAUCUGC